GUACAACAUUCCUCGCUAUGGAUGCGUUGCCUAUCGUCGGUGAUAAUUCGACCAUGGCUACCUCCUCACUAGGCGUCUGCUGCCUCACGCUGGCCUCCCUGGGCCCGGGGAAAGUCGCAUUCCCCGACACGAUCCCGUACCAAUCGUCCCAGGAGUCCUACUUUGCCGGGCAAAACAGCGAGCUCCAGCCGUUGUGCGUGGUAUCCCCCGAGUCGGCCGAGGAGGUGUCCAGCAUCGUGACCAGUCUCGUUGUGACCGCCUCCGCCCUUCCUGCACACGAGCAAGCCGGCUGCCACUUUGCCGUCCGCUCCGGUGGCCACAACUCUUUCGCGGGCGCCUCCAACAUCGACCAAGGCGUCACGAUCGACCUGCGCGCUCUGAACGACGUCCAGAUCGCGUCCCCGUCCGAGUCCGACGAUGACCACCCGCCCACCGUCUUCGUCGGGACAGGCGCCACCUGGGGCGAAGUGUACGCCCUCCUGGACCCGGCAGGCCUCCCGGUAGCAGGCGGCCGCGCCGCGCAGGUCGGAGUCGGCGGCCUGACGCUCGAGGGCGGCAUCUCGUACUUCUCGCCGCGCUACGGCUGGACGUGCGACAAUGUGGUCGGGGUGGAGAUCGUGCUCGCCAACGGCUCGAUCGUGCAUCUCGACGAGGCACAGCAUCUGGACACGCUGGCUGCGCUGCGCGGCGGCGGGUCCAACUUCGGCGUCGUCACCGGCUUCGAGCUACGCGCUUUCCAUCAGGGUCCGAUCUACGGCGGCCAUGUCUACUACGGCAUGGAGACCAUUGAUGCGCAGCUGCGCGCGUUCGCGGAGCUGAGCGAUCCCAUCGUCGGCUCGUAUGAUGAGUAUGCCUCGUUGAUCACCAGCUUUGGAUUUGCGGGCGGACAGGGCGCCGCUGUGGUGAAUAGCAUGGUGUAUACGGGGGAGCAGCGCGGGGAUGGAGAACGGCCCCCCGUGUAUGAUCCGCUCUUUGACAUUCCUCAGUUGUUUAGCACGGUGCGUGUGGCGCCCUUGCAUGAGGUGGCUACGGAGCAAGGAUCGUUUUCACAGAGUGGGAAGAGGCAGCUAGGCAUAGUGACCACGCACGACUCGACCGUUCCCAUGCUCAAUGCGACCUAUUUGCGAUGGAACGCCAGCCUUACGGCCGUGCAGGAUGUGUCGGGCAUCGUCUGGUCGAUUUCUCUCGAGCCGCUGCCCGCCGCCAUCUAUGCGCGGGCGCCGACCCGCAAUGCGAUGGGCCUGUCCGACUCCGAGGGAUCCCUGGUGGUGACGGUGCUGAGCGCCACCUGGGAUGAGGCGGCGGACGAUGCGCGAGUGGAGGAAGCAGCCCGGAUGCUGUUUGCAGGCAUCGAGGCCGACGCGCAUGCGCUGGACGCAUAUCAUCCGUUCGUGUACUUGAAUUACGCGGCGCAGUGGCAGGACCCGAUCGCCAGUUACGGGCGCCAGAGCGUGGAGAAGCUGCAGCGCAUCAGCCAGGAACUGGAUCCGAAAGGCGUCUUCCGGCAGAUGGUGCCGGGGUUCAAGAUCCCGCGGUGAAUCGUACAUUGGAGUGUAUCUAAAUUGAAAGGUGCGUCUAGAGAACGACAGUCCAGUCUAUAAUAAUCAAAAACGGUCUAAUACUUCAAUAAAUCUCCCCCUCAGCUCUUCCCCCGUCAUUCACCAACAUCUAACCCCUGUCCACCAAUCAUCAUCCGAUCAGUUCACUAGGUACUAUUUAGUGUUGGUACAUGGUAGUUGGAGCUAGCAUUCAUUAUAUUGUCUUUAUGUCAUUUAUUUGCGCCGUUCUUAUCCCCGAAUCUUGUGCUUUCGAAGUAAGCACUAGAGAAGGCUGGAAUGAGACUAACACUCGGCUUGAUCCGGUUGAUCCGAGAGAAACCAGGCUGAGCGCUAAGUAUCCUGGUAAUGAUCCUGAGGAGGUCAAAGGCAAGGCUGGAAUAGUUCGUCGACU